AUGGUUUCUCUUCAACACCUUGAUCUUUCUGACACUAAAUUAGAAGGCCUCAUUCCUGAAACUUUUGGGAACAACAUGAAUUCCCUUUCAUACCUUGAUCUUAGUUUCGGUCACUUAAUAGGUCCCAUUUUGAAUUCUCUAGGGAACAUGACUCACCUUACACACCUCAAUCUUUGCUAUAAUGAUUUCACGGGGUCGACUCCUGAAUCUUUUGCCAAGCUAGAGACACUUACAUACCUCGAUCUUCAAUAUAAUGAUUUCAUGGGUUCGAUUCCUAAAUCAUUUGCCAACCUAGAGAGCUGUACGUACCUCGAUCUUAGCGGGAACAAGUUAAAUGGUUCCAUCCCAAUGGUUUUCGCGAACAUGACUAGUACCCUUACAUAUCUUGCCCUUAGAAAUAGCGGGUUAGAAGGUCAUAUUCCAAAGAGUUUUGGGGAAAAGAUGUCUGUCCUUGCAGUCCUUGACCUGAGCCAAAAUAGUUUAUAA